CAUAGCCUUGCCCCUUUACUCUGACGCCAUUACCUUAACCCCGGAAGUGACGUGGUGACGGAUGGCGGACCGUGCUGCACAGUGCCUGAGCUCGGCAAGCUGAGCCCGACAGCGACAGCAGCAGGAGGAGGGGGGGACAUGGGGCGCGACGGACCCUGGUGACCAGACAGCGGAUUAUCAAUGCAAGACAGCGGUACUGUGGAAAGUUUGUCGGGAAACUAGAAAUUUAUCUAUCUUGCUGUACAAUGUGAGGGAAAACUAGAUACAUUUGUCAAGUUUAAAAGAUUUGGUGAUUUGCUAUGGACAGCGCCAUUACUCUUUGGCAGUUCCUGCUUCAGCUUCUGCAAGAACCUCACCACCAGCAGUUGAUCUGCUGGACGUCCAAUGAUGGGGAGUUUAAACUGCUGAAGGCUGAAGAAGUGGCCAGACUGUGGGGGGUGCGCAAGAACAAGCCAAGCAUGAACUAUGACAAGCUGAGUAGAGCUCUCCGUUAUUACUAUGUAAAGAACAUCAUCAAAAAAGUGAAUGGACAGAAGUUUGUUUAUAAGUUUGUCUCUUACCCUGACAUCCUGACCAUGGAUCCACUGGCUUUAGGGAAAGGAGAAGGAGAAAUAGAUGGGAACUCUGCUGACUCUGUCAGCAACUGCACUGUGCGAGACAAGGAAAACUGUAGUAAGGAGAGAUUAUUAUGUCCCACUGCCAAAUCCUCAGGACGCAAUGAUUACAUUCAUUCUGGUCUGUACACAUCAUUCACUCUCAAUUCCCUGAAUACAGCUGGUGUAAAGCUCUUCAGACCUGUUGCUGUGGAACAUCAAGUUGAUAAGAAAAUUGUCACAGAAACAUCUCCCUCAGUGAUUAAGUUUGUGAAAACACCAGCCAGAAACUCAGAGCAUAUACAAUAUGUCCCGUCAGCCACGUCUCAGCCUACAGAAGCCCAUGAAAAAUCUCCAGAACCUCCCAGAGAAACGAAAACAAACUAUCCUUUUUCUCUACAUAACCCUUCCAUCUCACCCCUUCCAGAACCCUCUGAAGCCUUAUCGCCUGCUCUGACUUCCAGUCAGGAUAUGGCAGUCGAUACAGAUUUGGAGUCUGUAACUUCACAGCCUCUUGAUUUUCCCAGUGAUGUGACCAUUGAGGUAGAUGAACUUGAACCCGAGCAUGAAGCUGAACCUGAGCCCUACCUACUGGAUAUGAAGAGCACAAAGUCUAAAAAGCCCAAAGAGCUUGAGUUGACACCAACAUUAGUAAUCACCACCAGCGAUUCCAACCAUUUGGGUAUCCUCAGUCCAUCCUUGCAGACAGCAUCUCUGACACCAGCAUUUUUCUCCCAGACCCCUAUUUUACUCACCCCAAAUGCCAUGCUUUCCAGCAUUCAUUUUUGGAGCACACUGAGUCCAGUUGCUCCUCACAGCCCUGCCAGGCUGCAUGGUGCAAAUACACUGUUCCAGUUUCCUUCGGUGUAUAACGGUCAUAUGCCGCUCACAUUAUCAAGCUUCGAUGGUCCAUCCACCCCAGGUCCUUUUACUCCUGAUUUUCUGAAGUCCUUGCAGACGCACCAGUAAUGGAACCGAAAGAGACGUGAAACUUUUUUAUAUCAACAUUUCUACAGACGGCAAAUACCUUUUCUCUCGCUGCAGUCUAAUGUACUUUUCACCUCCAUUGUAUGUGAUUCUAGGAUUAGUCAUGCAAGUAUUUUAUGAUGUAACAAAACAUAAUUGUCAUUAGAUAAUACAGUGCCCUGUUAGGAGAUUAAAAGCUGGCCACAAUCUUUUGCACUUGAGUAGAGUAUAACAAACUAUUCAAACCUCACAGAAUUUGCCUUAAGUGUUCGUUGUCAGACCCUAGCCCCACCAAACAGGAGAAUGGGCUGAUUAGCAUUUCCCCAGCUCUAUCUGUAGACUAUAAAUUCUGCAAAGUGCACGUUUGCAAACAAAAUGGGAAAUUAAUGUUUUGAAGAAUGACCAAGCUAAAAUGGAGGCAACAAUUUUAUCGGAUGACUAUGCACCUCUGCAAUGGUUAAUAAAAUUAAUAAUCCUGGGAUUUGAAGAAUAGAAUGCAAUAUGGAAUAGCACUUAUGAGAAGACUUUUGUCUAAAUGAGUAGAACUGGGAUUUUAUUUUUACUUUUGACAGAAAUGAGUACUCCGGCAUAAGCCGUUAUUUUUGAUAAUUCAUUAUUUUUUCCAGCAAUUGACCUAUAUUUGAUCUAACAUGAGGUAUUUUCUGGGAUGCUUUAAAAUAUAAAGAUGAUGGGGGUAAUUCCAAGUUGAUCGCAGCAGGAAUUUAGUUAGCA